CUGUCAGAGGUGCACCCUCAUCCUCCUCCUCACCCUCCUCCUCACCCUCCUCCUCCUCCUCCUCCUCCUCCUCCUCCUCCUCCUCCUCCUCCUCCUCCUCCUCACCUGGCUGUCAGAUCACAUCAGGCUGCAUGCCAUAGAGCCGUAGCCUUGAACAGAGCCAGUAAAGGUGCUUCAUGCAGCUGAUCACUGACCCCAGAUUAGAGAACAGAUAAACUGGAUGAAAACCACUGCCAGCACUUCACCAGUGUUUCCUUCAGACGUCCAGCAGCUGUCGGUGAGUGAAGAGGAGCUUCCCCCUGAGCAGCAGGAGAGGAGAUCCAGUCUGGACCAGGAGGACUCUGAGUCCAUACAUAUUAAAGAGGAACAGGAGGAACUGGAGGCUGAUACCACCAAGUUCCCCUUCACUAUUAUCCAAGUGAAGAGUGAAGAUGAAGAAGAAGAGGAACCUCAGUCCUCACAGCUUCAUCAGAGACAAAGUGAACAGAUGGAAAUAGGGACUGAUGGAGAGGACUGUGGAGGGCCAAAACCAGCCAGGUGCUCAGAUCCUCAGAGACAUUUACAACUAGAGAGUGAGGUCGAGACUGAAGACAGCAGACAGACUGAUAGGAAACCACAAAGUCUCUCUGAGUGUGGUAAAACAUGCAAAACUAAAUGUGAACUGACAACACACAUUAGGAGUCAUACAGGAGAGAAACCCUUCAGCUGCUCUGACUGUGGUCAAAGAUUUAAACACAUGUGUAGACUCAAACUUCACAUCACACACCACAGAGAGCAGAAACCUUCCAGCUGCAGUGUUUCUGACCAAAGAGUCUGCAGGUACGAUCAGUUCAACACACAACGAUGGGUUCGAGGUCAGGAGUACGAGUUUCAUCUAAACCACAACCAGGAGAAAAGAGAGGCAGGAACAGGAGCUGAUGGAGAGGACUGUGGAGGACCAGAACCAGAGAGACUUUUACAUUCAGAGACUGACAUCAAGAGUGAGGACAGUGAUGAGGAUUGGAGGGAGACCAGAGGACUUCAGUCAGGUUUAAACUCUCUGAAGAAUGAGGAGGUCUCAGCAGCGUUUGACUCUGAGUCUGAGGAAAGCUUUUACAACAAGAGUCCUCUGGAGAUCCACGCAGAGGAGAGACGUUUCUCAGGAUUUGGGAACCGGUUUACCAGAAGAGAAGUCCUGAGUGAACACAUCAUGGUCCACAGAGGGGUGAAGCAGGAGGACGCACUUCUGAAAGACGAACAAGAGGAGGUCAGGAUCAGUCCGCCUGAUGCAAUCAACUCCCCGUACACUCCUGUCCCUGUGAAGAGUGAGGAAGAGGAAGAGACACAUCAGUCCUCACAGGUUCAUCAGAGACGAACUGAACAGAUGGAAACAGGAGCUGAAGAAGAGGACUGUGGAGGACCAGAGACUGAGGACUCUUCAGAACCUGAGACUGAUGACAGUGAUGAUUGGAGGGAGACCAGAGACCAUCAUUCAGGUUUAACCUCUGAUAAGACAUUGUGUGGUUGUCCUGACUGUGGGGAAACAUCUCAGACUACAUCAGAAAUGACCACACACAUGAGAGUCCACACCAAAGAGAGAACCUUCAGCUGCUCAGUGUGCAGGAAAACCUUCAACCACAAAGGGAAUCUGAGCUCACACAUGUUGAUCCACACAGGAGACAAACCCUUCAGCUGCUCGGUCUGCGGUAAAAGAUUCAGCCAAAAGGGUCACCUGACCACACACAUGCUGCUCCACACAGGAGACAAACCCUUCAGCUGCUCCGUGUGCAACAAAAGAUUCUACCAGAAAGGACAUCUGAGCUCUCACAUACUGGUUCACACAGAGGAGAGACCCUUCAGCUGCUCCGACUGCGGGCAAAGAUUCAAACGGAGAUUUAACUUGAAGCUCCACAUGGCACAGCACAGAGAGCAAGCUUCAGAGCUCUCUCAAAGCCAAACUGAGGCGGACAGAGAGGCAGAGUUAGGCCUCGACGGAGAGGACAGUGGAGGAUCAGACCCAGCAGUGUUUGAACAGAAACAGGACCCGAGCGUUCACAGCAGGAAGAAACUCCUCAGCUGCUCGGUCUGCAGUAAAAGAUUUAAACAGAAGGGGCAUCUGAUCACACACAUGUUCAUUCACACCGGAGAGAAACCCUUCAGCUGCUCCGUGUGUGGGAAAGGGUUCAGACAAAAAGGACAUCUGACCACACACAUGGUCCUUCACUCAGGAGAGAAACCCUUCAGCUGCUCGUUCUGCAGUAAAAGGUUCAACACGGAGGGGAGUCUGAAGAGACACAUGAUGGGCCACACCGGAGAGAAACCCUUAAGCUGCUCCACAUGUGGGGAAGGAUUUUCUUGGUCUUAUCAGUUGAAGAAACACCAGUGUGUUGGCGCUCAGGCUCAACGGCUCAUACAAAACCGAACUGAGAACAUGAGAGAGGCGGGAUCGGAAGCUGAUGAAGAGGACUGCAGAGGACCAGAACUAGCCAAGAACUCAGACCCAGAGUGACAUUUAAAAGACUGAAGACUCUUCUGAACCGGAGACUAAAACAGUGAUGCAGAUUAGAAAGAGACCAGAGAACAUAAGUCUGGUUUAAACUCUGAGAAAUAAUGAGGUUUCUGUCUAAUGGAUGUUUUACUGGUGAGAAACUACGUCACUGCUCUGACUGAUGUCAUUCAUUCAGAUAGUUAUCUUCUUACCUUUUCCUGGUAACGCACAUCCGACUUCCACCAGAUUUGUGUCCGGUCUGUUUCCGAUCCACUUGGGCCCGGCUCCGUGCUCUCUCGUCUGUCAACACCCACCGGUUGUGUUUUCAGAACGCAGCAUGGAGUAGGACCGCCGGACAGCUGGAGUCAUGUGACCGAGGUUUCCCCACGGUAGUUCCUGAAUCAAGGAUUCUCCUCCUCCUCUCCUCAUCCAUGUUGUCUUUCUGGUCUUCUGAAAACCUCUGACCUGUUGACUCCAGGCCUGGCUCCGCUCAUCAUGACGGUUUUUUGUUGUAGUUAAGUGAAAUAUGAUCUGGUGAUAACACAAAGUGUUUUAUUCUGAAAAUUUAGUUUUGGUGCCUGACUUCCUGUCCCACUCCAUCUGCUCUGUUGAGAUUGAUGCGUCGUGCUCUGGCAUCCGGCAAAACUAGAAGUCUUGUGUAUCUGAUCCGGAGGGCUCCGACCUGCCGGAUCAGAGACGCAGCCAGAACGCAACAGAGCGGAUCCAGUGGAAGUUAACACAUUGACUAGAAUAGAAACCUAUCAGAUCCAGUGCCGUGACGGAUCACAUGAUACAGCAAGGUUUCAAAAAGUUUAUUAUUUAUGGUAAAAAGAAAAAAGCAGAUCAUUCUCACAGUGUCAGAAUGGUGAUCUCACAGCAUCAUGAAUUAUGUAAUGUUAGAUUUACGGUCAAGUCAGUUUAACUGCUGCUGCUACGGUAAAGCUGAUUGGUCAACUGGUCGGCGUGUUUGGAUUAUCACAGAUUACAUUAAAUAUAUAGAUUAUCUAUCCUGCAGCUGCAAAGCUCUUACUCUACAACCAUUGUGUAUAUUUUAAUUUAUUGUUUUUAAACUUUUGAUGUUUUAUAUUUUUACUCAUUUUUAUUUUGCCUCUAUGUUGAUGUUCUUGUUUUGAACACCCACUUGGCAAUAACCUGCCUCUGAUUAUAUAUUAUAUAUUGAUGAUAUUGGCUCAGUGUGUUGAUCUCUGUACUCACUGUUACAGGAUGAUUAAAGGUUGUGUAUGGAUCAAACAGUUUAUACUGUGUAUA